CAUGGAACGGCAUGCAUUGCUCGGGAAUUUCUCUUACCUAUUGAGAUUAUAGAGGACUUUGCUGUGAAGUUAAAAGUUCCCCUGUUUGACCUAAUCUGACCGGUAGAAGAGCAAUAGAACAGCGUGAAAACUGUGUACAUAUAGACAGUUGAAUUUUACAGACCUACUGUCUAUGUAUUUCCGAGGGUUGGAUAUCGUGUUACUACCAAACUGGAAACAUUCAUAACGGGAAAUGCUGUCCCAUGCAGCGUUAUUCUUUCUGACCAUUUAUUUUGGCAAUAAGUAACCUGUCUGUCCUAAUUCAGAAUAUGGAGAACAAUUCGGAAAGUUCCAAUCUAACAGAUUACCGGUGUGCUAUGUCCAUGAUGUCUAACAGCAGGGGAAAAGCAUACAUCUGUAUCAUCUCGGAGUUUGCGCCGAUGACCGUUUGGUUCGAUCGCUACGUCACUAUUUUCUGGUACUGUGUUGGAAUUACAGGAAAUUCUCUGACUAUUAAAAUAUGGUCCAGACGCGUGAGCAGGACAAAUAUUUCUGCGCUUUAUUUAAUUGUGCUCGCUUUUACGGAUUUGUUUUAUCUUUUUCUGCAUGUAAUCCAGGAACUUAAAUUCGCUUGGGGAGUCCCAAGUAUCGACAUUGCUGGAUGGUGCCAAGUUUACUUUGUGUUUUACAUGUUUGCCAUGUAUAUGAGUCCAUUUUUAAUUCUUGGAUUUACAAUUGAGCGAUUUUUGUCAAUUAAAACUCCAUUCAAAAGUCAAAGAUUUUCUGUUACAAAUCGUGGCCCUCUUGAGAUAAGUGGUAUUACCAUGCUUGCCCUCUUGCUGGCCAUACCUCAGAUAUUUUCGUGGGAAGUACAACAGGGCGAAUGUCAAGGACCGCAUCAUGACUUUUACGCCGUUUGGUCCUGGAUUUCAGACACCCUCGUUUUCGUUAUAUUUCCUGUGACGUCACUUGUUCUAAACUCUCUAGUGAUGAAAGCGGCUUCUAAGGCCGACAAGAAACGACAAAGUACCUUACCUCUUUGUCGAAGAAAGUCCACACCUGAUAAAUCUGCCCAUCAGACUAAAAUAAAACACAGUCCCUCCACCUUAACGUUAUUGUGCGUGUCAUUUUACAGGAUCAUAACAGUUAUACCGGUGACGAUCGCAUUCGCUCUUCAGGGGGAAUUCAAGCCUGGUAGUUUAAAACUCUCGCUGACUGAAAUGAAAAAUGACGAUGUAUGGACCGAUCAUUUUGUGUGGUACAGGGCGAAGAAAGCCGUAGACGAGAUCGGUUUAUCGCAGUACAGCUGUAAUAUCUUCAUUUAUUUAAUCACCGCCACUCACUUUCGGCACGAAAUGAAGAGGCUAUUUUAUUUCGUGCCCUUUAUGCGACCUGAUGCAGGAUUUUCUGACAGUUUUAACAGAACCUCUAUAGAACUCAGUUUUCUCAGAAAUAAAUCAAAGGAUAAAACGUAUCAUUUAUAAAUUAAUAGUUUUCAAUUUAUUGAUUCCAUUUUUUAAAGCUCUACUGGCCAAAGAACUUAUGCAGUGAUAAGAUGUCUGUCGUCCGUCCGUCUGUCUGUUUUUCGAAACCUGUUGUUCUCCUGCUUUUUUGGUCUAAUUUUAAUAAAAUUUGGUACACAGGUAGACUAUCCUAAUAUACAUAAAUCAUCUGUAUCAGUUUUUAGUUUCCACGAACGGUGUUGUUAUGGUUACUAAAAAUGGAAAUUUCAGGUCUAUGAAAUUCUUUCAAAACGCUACUCUUCCUAAUUUUUUUUUUUAUUGCAAUAAAACUUGGUACACAAGUAGACUAUAUUAAGGGACAUAAUUUUCAUUAUCGGACAAAUAGACUAGUUUCAAGUAAAAUUACUAUUUUUAUCUUCAUUCGCUAUAGGAACGAGCCAGUGGAGCUACAGUCUCGUCAGAAACUUCUGGUUUAAAUAAAUGAGUUUUUUAAUCGCCUUUUUCAUGAGUACACUAUGAAUAUGUUAUACACGUAAUUCUGUCAAGAUUUGUAAUACGUUGCCCUUAAGAUAUGUCUCUGACUUGUUUAUUUGACAGAAGUAUUCAUCUGAUUUUUUUUAAUUAAAAACGAAAUCUUA